AUGGGCAGCGAGGGCACGCGACUGACAGGGCAGAGCGCAGGAAAGGCCACUGCCGGCGAUAGCCCGCUCUCAUUCUCAAGAUGCAGCGCCACAGGAAAUCGAGACCAUUCAGAUCACGAGUGCCAAAGUCAAGGGGUCAGGAGCUGUGGAGAGUGCCUGGCAGCUGGACCACACUGUGCCUGGUGUACUGAAGAGAGUUUCGCAGAAGUGGGACAGCACAUAUGGGAGCGCUGUGACACGGCGGAGGCGCUGCUGAGGAGGGGCUGUCCCUCCGAUCGCCUGGAGGACCCCAGAGGUUCUGCUGUCCUUCUGAAAAACCGAAAGAUCACCUUCCACCCCAAAGAACAGAGGCACCGGGCGCACCACCGGCAGGUCACCCAACUCCAGCCCCAGUCUGUCCUGCUGCACCUCAGGCCAGGUGAGCCCCAAACCUUUGAGCUGAAGUUCAAGCGUGUGGAGGACUACCCCAUUGAUCUGUACUACCUCAUGGACCUGUCCUUCUCCAUGGAGGACGACCUGCCAAACGUCAAGAAGUUGGGGACGGACCUGAUGGAAGAGAUGAGGAACAUAACCAGCGACUUCAGAAUGGGCUUUGGUGCGUUUGUGGAUAAGACGGUGAUGCCGUACAUCAGCACCGCGGAGGACUUGCUCCACAACCCCUGUAAGAGGGCCGAGCCGUGGCCCUGCGCCCCUCCCUUCACUUACCACCACGUCCUGAGCCUCACCGCCAACGGAAGCCUGUUCACGGAGCUGGUGGGGGGGCAGCGGAUCUCCGGCAACCUGGACUCACCGGAGGGGGGCCUGGACGCCCUGAUGCAGGCCACUGUGUGUGAGGAGCAGAUCGGCUGGAGGAACGUGACUCGUCUGCUGGUGUUCUCCACUGAUGCUGGCCUCCACUUUGCAGGGGAUGGCAAGCUUGGAGGCAUUGUUCUGCCCAACGAUGGAAAGUGCCACUUGCAUGAUAAUGUGUACAGCAGAGGAAAUUCCCAGGACUACCCCUCGGUGGCCCACAUUGCCGAGAAACUGAGAGAGAAGAACGUCCAGAUCAUAUUCGCAGUGACUGAGGAUGUCACCCACUUGUACAAGGGCCUGAGACAUGUCCUCCCCAAAUGUGCUGUGGGAACACUGUCCAACAACUCCCACAACAUCCUGCAAAUAAUAGUUGAAGCAUAUAAUGCGCUGACCUCUGAGGUUGUUAUGGAGAAUAGCAAGCUGCCGCCGGGCUUCCACAUCUCUUACGUUUCACACUGUAAGGACCACAAACUGAGGGACGGGGAGCAGGGGAGGCGGUGCUCCGACAUCUCCAUCGGUGACGAGGUGAGCUUUAAUGUAAGCAUUACUGCACCUCCAUGUGCGACUAGUUCACACAGGCCAUCCCGUGUUAUUAUUAAGCCCCAAGGCUACAGUGAGGAGGUGGAGGUCCUGCUGAGUCCCAUUUGUGGCUGCUCAUGUCAAAAGGACAAAGUCCCACACAGUCCUUCAUGUAGCCAUGGCAACGGCACUCUGGAGUGCGGAGCAUGCAGGUGUAAAGAGGGGAGAGUCGGAACAUUUUGUGAAUGCAAUCAGGUGGAGUCGGGCGAGGCGGUUGACUCAUACCUUUGUCACCGUGACAACGCAUCAGAGCAGUGCAGUGGACAUGGACAGUGUGUUUGUGGGAAGUGUGUUUGCGAUAAGAGCAGCAAAAAGCCUAACCAAGCUUAUUACGGGCAGUACUGUGAAUGCAGUGAUUUCAAUUGCGAUCAGUACCAAGGACUGCAAUGCGGAGGUGGAGGGCAGGGCAGAUGUGUGUGUGGGGUGUGUGAGUGUCUCCCAGGAUUCAGUGGGCGCGCGUGCGAGUGCCCUCUCAGCGUGGAGUCCUGUCUGUCGCAUGAUGGACAGGUAUGUGCUGGCAGAGGCGUCUGCCACUGUGGUACCUGCAUCUGCCAGGACCCCCGCUACCAGGGCCCAACGUGUGACCUCUGCCCUUCCUGCCCCAGCGUCUGCACCGUGCACAGGGAGUGCAUCUUGUGCAGGGCCUUCUCCCAGAGUUUGAAUCCCAAGGAGUGUGAGACACGGUGUGCCCACCUGAACCUCACUGUGGUGGGACAGGCCGCUCUGCUAGCCCUAGUCCCGCCCUCUGCAGGUCUCCACAGGUGUAUGGAACUGGACACCGAGGGCUGCAGAGUACACUUCCUGCUCAGGGCUGGACAAAAAGAGGGCUCUGUCCACAUUCAUGUUGCCCUUGAACGAGAAUGCCCAUCAGGUCCUAAUGUGGUUCUGAUUACUGCAGUGGCAUCAGCUUCUGUUGUGGUGCUGGGUGUGGCUUUUUUGCUGCUAUGGAAACUACUCACCAGCAUCCAUGACCGCAGGGAGUUUGCCCGCUUCCAGAGAGAGCUAGAGAAGAGGCGGUGGAACAGGAGGGACAACCCGAUCUACAGAAGUGCCAUCACAACUACUGUCAACCCAAAAUAUAAAGAACAGUGACAGCGCAAAUGGGAACAGAUCCUCUUUUCAAUCAGGAUCCCUGCUGUGCGACACAAUGAAACAACAUCCUUUACCUGAACUGUUGCCAGCAGUAGGUCCAACUUGUUCAGCAGGGUG